UACAAACUAUUUGAGAAUAGGACGCCGGUGUUAGAAUCGAUCGUUGAUUCUGAGUAUUGUUACAGAAUACUUGUUUUUGGAUGAAUGGAUACCUCGCGUUUUACUACCUCUCAACGUAUUUCAUGUUUCACGAUGAAUCCGGAUAUAUUCAAACCUUGUACAGAAAGUGGACACGUUAUUCCACCUCCUCCUGCAACUAAACCAAAUAGGACUAAAUCUGAACAAAUCAAACCUGAACUCGCCCAGGUGGUGACCGAUUCCAAGACAGGAAAAUCUUACAGCAAAGGAAAGCUUCUGGGAAAGGGUGGCUUUGCACGAUGCUAUGAAAUGACAGACCUUGCCAACAACAAAAUGUAUGCUGUGAAGGUGAUACCACAGAGCAGGGUGUCAAAACCUCACCAGAGGGAUAAGAUAACCAAUGAAAUCGAGCUCCACAAAACCUUACAUCACAAGCAUGUGGUGAAGUUCUCCCAUCAUUUCGAAGAUCAAGACAACAUCUAUAUUUUCCUUGAGCUCUGCAGUAGAAAGUCUCUGGCACACAUUUGGAAAGCGAGACACACAUUGACAGACCCAGAAGUGCGGUACUAUCUCCGGCAAAUCAUAUCUGGACUUAAGUACCUUCAUAACCGAGGCAUCCUUCACAGGGAUCUCAAAUUGGGCAAUUUCUUUGUGAAUGACAACAUGGAGUUGAGGUUGGGAGACUUCGGGCUUGCUGCAAAGUUGGAAACCGUUGAACAGAGGAAGAAAACUAUCUGUGGAACACCAAACUACCUUGCACCCGAAGUGUUAAACCGGCAAGGCCAUGGAAUGGAGUCGGACGUCUGGUCGCUAGGUUGUGUGAUAUACACACUGAUGUGCGGUAACCCUCCCUUUGAAACCCUCGACCUGAAGGAGACAUACAAGUGCAUCAAGGAAGUAAAAUACAACCUGCCAUCGACCCUGUCUCCUGCUGCUCAGAAGCUCAUCUCUGGCAUUCUGCAGAAGAACCCCAGUGACCGCCUCACACUAGACCAAAUUCUCAACCACCAGUUCUUUACGAAAGCUUUCACCCCCGACAAACUUCCUCCCAGCAGCUGUGUGAUGGUGCCAGAGCUCAACCCGCCUAGCCCUGCCAAGAGGUUCUUCACAAAGAUGGCGAAGAAUCUCUUUGGCAAGAAAAAGUCCAAAGUGGAGAAGAACAACUGUGAAGAGCGCGAGAGCAUCUCCAAGCUUGUAUCUGGAAUCGUCAAAUGUUCCAUUAAUCGCCAGAUGAGCUAUAAAACAGUUGGUGUUGAUGAGGCACCCUCUCCCACCGUCUGCCAGCAAGUCAGCUCUGGUCCACUGGACACUCCAGCUGAGGAGGAGUCAGGGAAGUCUGCAACAUCGCGUUCUUUCAAAGGCACUGUGGCCAGCAGCACAGAACCGUGUGAGGACGGCCUCACCCCUGCUGCUGUCGCUGAGUCAGCUAUGAAAGUCCUCAACAGCUGUUUGUCUGCCAUGCCUGCAGCUACAAGAAACCCUCCCUGUCUCUCCAGGCCCAAAUCCUUUAUCUGGGUCACAAAGUGGGUAGACUAUUCCAACAAAUAUGGCUUCGGCUACCAACUCUCCGACCAGAACAUUGGGGUGCUCUUCAACGACGGCACUCACUUGAGCCUCUGUGAUCAGCGCAAGACUGUGCACUACUGCUUGACGAACAACAAACACUUCACCUUCCAGGCCAGUGCUUUACCGGAGCAGCUCUGCAGUCAGAAGCAGAUUGUGGAGCUGAUGGCCAACUACAUGGAACAAAACCUCAUGGAGGGUGGGGACCUCCACUGUGAAGAUCAGCCUCCCUCCCAGCCGCCGUUGCUUCUGCAGUGGGUUAAGACAGACCAUGCUCUGGUGAUGCUCUUCAACAACGGUACCCUGCAGGUGAACUUCUACACGGACCACACCAAGAUAAUCCUUUGCAAGUCUUCUGAUGCUUACCUGCUGACCUACAUCAGCCGCGAGCGGGUCUCCUUCACGUACCUCCUGAGCAUGCUGUCAGAAAUGGGUUGUUCUGCUGAGUUGAGGCACCGUAUGCGCUACGUGGUCCAGCUGCUUCAACACCACACAGAUUCCUAAUGGACCGAACGGCUCUGGAGUAAAACCACACUGCGCCUAGGCUGACCUCGGAUCUAUUUUGACUCUCCCCCAUGAAUGGUUAUGGUUGGGUUUGGUGGGGGGGGGGGG